UCCCCACAUCAAAACAAAGCUUUCUCAGGCGAGUAGUAGUUCGGCUAAAGCGGGAUUUUCUACCAAAAACUCAUCGACUGUUGGUCUUCCCCGUCUUCGGAUGACUGCUCAUGACUGUUCUAACGCGACACUUCGGAAUGUAACGCGAGGAGUGAACCGUGUGGUUUGCCAGCGUUGGACUGCAGCCACCAGCAGCAGCAGCAGGUCCAGACCAUGAGCCUGUACGGUGCCGGUACCGGUACCGGUGCUGUCGGCGGGGCGAGAGAACGAGGAGGAGAACGAGGAGAACGUGGAGAACGAGGAGGAGGAGAACAUUACCGGGAACAGCGGCGGCGCUCCAGCGAUCGGUCGCGUGACUCCUCCCACGAGAGAUCAGAGAGUCAGCUGACGCCCUGCAUCCGCAACGUCACGUCUCCGACUCGACAGCACGACCGUGAACGUGGAGACGGAGGUUCGUCCUCCAGGUCAUCCAGCCCUCGUCCCCCCAGGGUCUCUCUUCCUUACGCCCACGUGGGAGGCGCCCUGAUCGGGGCCCACGUGCCCCGGUCCCUGGGUCCUCCCGGAGCCGAGCACCACCCCAAAGCGCUGGUCCCGGGUUCCUGCGACAUGAUCUACGUCUACGACCUCAGCAGCAAGGAGGGCCACCGGGGGGCGCUGAGGCUGGGGGAGCGGGUCACGCUCAUCGUGGACAACACCAGAUUCGUGGUGGAUCCUGCUAUCUUCACGGCUCAACCCAACACCAUGCUGGGCAGGAUGUUCGGUUCCGGACGGGAAAACAACUUCACCCGGCCCAACGAGAAGGGAGAGUUCGAGGUGGCAGACGGCAUCAGUUCCACCGUCUUCAGAGCCAUUCUGGAUUACUACAAGUCGGGGAUAAUCCGCUGCCCUGACGGCGUCUCCAUUCCCGAGCUGAGGGAGGCAUGUGACUACCUCUGCAUCUCCUUCAACUACAGCACCAUCAAGUGCAGAGACCUGAGCGCCCUGAUGCACGAGCUGUCCAACGACGGCGCCCGGCGGCAGUUCGAGUGCUACCUGGAGGAGAUGGUUCUGCCGCUGAUGGUGGCGAGCGCUCAGAGCGGCGAGCGGGAAUGUCACGUGGUGGUCCUGACCGACGACGACGUGGUGGACUGGGACGAGGAGUACCCCCCUCAGAUGGGCGAGGAGUAUUCUCAGAUCAUCUACAGCACCAAACUCUAUCGCUUCUUCAAGUACAUCGAGAACAGAGACGUGGCCAAAUCAGUGCUGAAGGACCGAGGCCUGAAGAAGAUCCGGCUCGGCAUAGAAGGUUACCCGACCUACAAGGAGAAGGUGAAGCGUCGCCCCGGCGGCCGUCCUGAAGUCAUCUACAACUACGUCCAGCGUCCGUUCAUCCGGAUGUCGUGGGAGAAGGAGGAGGGGAAGAGCCGCCACGUGGACUUCCAGUGCGUCAAGUCCAAGUCCACGACCAACCUGGCGGCCGCCGCCGCCGACAUCCCCCAGGACCAGCUGGUGGUGAUGCAGCCGCCGGGGCCGCAGGUGGACGAGCUGGACACUCUGCCGCCGCCGCCACCGGGGGGCGCCGACCUCCACCAACCGCUGGGGCCGGACAGCAACCCGCUGCCCCCGCCGGCCUACGAGGCCCUGAACCAGCAGGACAGCAGAGAGCACAGCGUCGCCCACGGCAACCAGCAGCACACUCAGGCCACCUACCACUACGACCCCGACCCCGACACGCCGUCGCCCUCCGCAUGAAGCCCACGACGCCUCCACACGGCCGCCCUGACCUCUGACCCUCUGGACGGGUUCAGGAGGAUCGACAUCGGCCUCCAGAGUCUGAAAGUCGUCUUGAACUUAAAAUCAGUUGGUCCUCAAUCAGCUGGUUCUGGAUCUACUGACCAGAGUUCUACCUUCCUGCUGUGAAUGUU